GUGCUUUGCUGUCUUCUCUUGGCGCCGGUCACGCUUUGGAGCGAACAUGUUAUCUAUGGAUUUUUUAGACGAUGUCAGGAGAAUGAAUAAAAGACAGCUGUACUACCAGGUCUUAAACUUUGGUAUGAUCGUGUCUUCAGCUCUGAUGAUAUGGAAGGGUCUGAUGGUAAUCACUGGUAGUGAAAGCCCUAUUGUAGUUGUCUUGAGUGGCAGCAUGGAGCCUGCAUUCCAUCGUGGGGAUCUGCUUUUCUUGACCAACCGUGUAGAUGACCCUAUCAGAGUUGGGGAAAUUGUGGUCUUUAGGAUAGAGGGAAGAGAGAUACCCAUUGUACAUCGUGUCCUAAAGAUCCAUGAAAAGGAAAAUGGAGAUAUUAAGUUUCUGACCAAGGGAGACAACAAUGCAGUGGAUGAUCGAGGCUUGUACAAACAGGGGCAGAACUGGCUAGAGAAAAAGGAUGUUGUGGGAAGAGCCAGAGGAUUUGUUCCUUAUAUUGGAAUUGUAACUAUCCUGAUGAAUGACUAUCCGAAAUUUAAGUAUGCUGUUCUGUUCCUCUUAGGCUUGUUUGUCCUAGUACACCGGGAAUGAGAGUGCCUUCAGUUACAGUAGGCACCGGAGAGACUAUUCAUGGAAAUCAUCUAUCAUUUGCCUGAAUAUGAAAUGUAAAAGGACAAACCUUUUCUGACUGUUUCAACUUUUACAUUUGGAGAGCAGUAUUUCUUUUCUACACAUAACAAUCUGUACAUGCGUGUAGCCACUCCUGGCUACAGAAUGGACUGAGUGGAUAUAGAGCGUUGAAACCUGACCUUCUCUAGCACUGGUACUCUGCUUCUGCUAGCAGAGGUUAUGCAUUCGUAUCCGCUUUGCUGUUUGCUUUUCCUUUUUUUUUCUUUAUUAUUUUGUACUUUGGAUGGACAUUUUUUUAAUAUUAAAACAAAAUGCCAAAGUUUCAGUGUUUGUAUUUUGAAGCCUGUGCACAUUAUUCGGAAGUGCCUAUCUUGGAAUUUGUGUAUGUGCAGUGUUUUUGCAGUCACACAGAAUAAACUGUGAUCUGGA